AUGAAGUUGAACUUUCAAAUAAAACACCUCUCUUAUCCAUCUAUCUAUAGUCUGUUCAUAUCUAUCUAUCGAUCUAUCACAGUCUGUUCAUAUAUGUCUCUCUCACAAUCUAUUUAUAUCAAUCUAUCUCUAUCUAUCACUGUUCAUAUCUAUCACAGUCUGUUCAUAUCUAUCAAUCUCAGUCUCUUCAUACCUAUCAAUCUAUCUAUCAGUCUGUUCAUAUCUAUCACAGUCUGUUCAUAUCUACCUAUCUCUGCCCAUAUCUACCUAUCUAUCUAUCUAUCUAUCUCUGCCCAUAUCUAUCUAUCUCUACCCAUAUCUAUCUAUCUAUCUAUCUAUCUAUCUCUGCCCAUAUCUAUCUAUCUAUCUAUCUAUCUCUGCCCAUAUCUAUCUAUCUAUCUAUCUAUCUCUGCCCAUAUCUAUCUAUCUAUCUAUCUAUCUAUCUAUCUAUCUAUCUACCUAUCCGUGUGUAUGUGUGUGUGUGCACAUGUAUAA